AUGGAUUUUUGGUCCCGCCUCCUGAGCCAUACCUCGCUAUCGUCGAGCACCUCACGAAGGGAUGCCGCGCGAGACCCCGCCAAACGUCUUCAUAGAUUUGAAAGAGAAUACGGCCAGCUUUUGCAAAUAUGGCGCAACUCCUCCAACCUAUCUCGAGACUACGAAGCCGCCGAGAAGCUCGAGAUCCGCCUCCACGAACUCACCACCAUCCUCAGCGACGAGAGCAGACGCCCCCUGCCCCACCCCUGCAUCCAGUUCGCCUCGAUCAAGCAGAUCUACGUACCCAUCGCCAAAGUAGCCACGACAUCGUACAACGAAUGGAUCAUCAAAGAAGCCGUGAACUUCUUCGCUACCCUCAUCGAGAGCGAGGAAGAGGCAUUUGUCGAGAAUGCCAACUUCUCCUCAAGUCUGACGAACCUCCUCGUGCGCAUCACGGGCCAGAAUAGCGUUCGGCUCGGCCAUGACACCGAGGCCAAGGUCGUCGAGCUCGCCUUCAACAUCACGACGAAGAUCCGACUCCAGCCGCGCAUCCUCGACGUCUGGUUCAAGACGCAACAGCUCUCUCAACAUGACAACAGACGCCUUGAUGACCGUGAGCGGUUCGCCGGCAGGACCCAGAAGCAAGACUUCCCCCUGUUCUACAUAUUGAUGGACUACAUUCAACACGAGGGCAGGGUUGGCGACUUUGCGAGGACGGGACUGCUCUACAUUAUUGAGUCGGCGUCCAACUCGGUGGCUCUCGAGCAGUGGAUUGUGGAAAGUGACCUGUCCACGCUGAUGGCUACUGGCCUGGGUGCUCUGUAUAGCCAGCUUAGCAGGAAGCUCGUCAUCGAUCAUCUCCCUCACGAGCUGCCCCCCGUUCUCGCCCUGUCUGAUUAUCAGCAUCCGACGUCAAACUACGAAAUCGUAGCAUCCUGCUCUCCGGAUUUCCAGGCCCACCUCGAGACUUUCCUCUCCCAUUUGCUCUUCUGGCAAGAUGUGUUGAACCACUGCAAGUCAAUCGAGGUCAAAUCAACAUUGUUGGAACAUUUCCAAGUAAUCUUCCUUCAGCAACUUUUAUACCCCUCGCUUCUCGAGUCUUCCGAUAUCGAUGGUGGCUCUUCCGUCGCAGUCAUCACUUAUCUCCGCCGAAUUCUCGAGUCCCUCGACCAUCCCGACAUGAUCAAUCUCAUCCUCCACUACCUCCUCGCCCUUCCCCACCCUGGUUCGGGUUCGGCGUCAUCACGAGUGCAGCCCACCAACAACACCACCGUCAGCGACGCCCGAAAGCGCAAGUCUAUGGACCUUGCGACGAUGAUGGCCGAAAAGUCCGACCUCUCCUCCGUCACGCCUCUCCUCUUCAACCUCGUCGACCUCACGCUCGCCUGCCUUCGGUCGCACAGCCAGCAAACCAUACACGUUACCCUCCAACUAGUCUCCGCCAUCCUCAAGCGCCACCACCGCUACGCUGUCCUCACCCUUCUCCGAACCGAGAGCCUUCACGACGAGUCGAGCCACAGAACCACAGGUGCCCACGAUCAAGAAGUCGAGUACCUCAUGACCCUUGCCGGGUCCAUUGGCGGCCAGGACAACUUUGACGAGGUGUAUGACAAUGUCCUCAAGGACGCCAUGACUCGGUUGGAGAGCCACCCUUGCUCGCUCAAACUGGUGGCGCCCAAGGUGUCGACGAAUAAUCAUGAGCUGCCCGCGAUUCCCGAUAGCCUGCCGGGAGCGCCGCCGGAUGUGAAGGCACAUACGCUACAGCCGGAUGAUCCUUUGCUCACGACGCUGUUGGACAUACUCGAGAAGUUCUUUAUUAACCCUGUCGACACGAAUCUGUCGGUCACGGAAACCUUGACAGAUUUGGCUAUUUGCGGGUAUAUGGGAAUAGAAGGAUGGAUGCUUCGGCACCCGAAAUACUAUAGUUAUGAUGAGGAUGAAGAAGUCGAAGAGGCUUCUGGUUUCGUGCCUGGGGGCUCGCGGGACACGGAUUCUCCGGAAUACGAGGCUGCACAUCGAGCCGCAUCUCGGCGCCUCUGUCGAAAGCGACCGAGGUGGGAAUCAACGGGACUCCCUCGCCUUCUCGUCAUCCUGAAGCGUCUCUGCGACCAGGUAGCGGGAUACCGCGAGUCAGUCCCCCGCUUCGACGAUCUCCUCCAGCAACGUCGCGAAGCUUUCCAAACUGCGGACUCGGCGCCCGUACUCCCUACUCCGCAGCCCAAGAAAGGCGGCAGCCAGGCUCCGGCGUCGCAUCACACGCCCGACCGAGCGAGCAUGGACGAUCCCCGUAGUGACUCUCCAGCUAGGCCAUCCGCGCUGGAAGGGUUCGCGCAGAGACUCCUAUCCGAACUUGGCACGCCCUCGAGGUCGGGAAGUCCCCGCGGCCGGAAAGAACCCAGCAAGACGACACCAUCACAGGGUCCGUCGGGCCUCUCCGGCGGAUACGGAAUCGGGACGCCGACAAUGACGCCGACCAAAGGUGUGCCCGUGCCGCCGAAGGAGUUUCCCUUGAACUACGAUGCUCCAUCGCGUAGCGGGGGUGUGGGAAGGAGUUAUUCUCCUGGAAGCACCACCAGCGGAAGAGAUGACUACACGGGCAAGGAUCCUACGGUGGCGAGCCAGAUGGCUGCUUUUGCGGCAAUUGAUCAGAGCAUACUCGCGAGGCGGGUGGGCAUCCCAGGGAGGACGCCGGCGGUACCCCUCGACCUUGGCAAAACCUUGGACUCUGAAACCUCGGCCCCGGUUGAGGCACAGGCUCAGGCUCCGGAAGGGGAUGCUGUUGCCCCUAGCGAGGGCAGUAGCGGCGGCGACGAAGCGAUCGCGGGAACAGCCGAGCCGGUGGAGGAGGAGAUUACGGUUUCGGUGUCGCAUGUUCUUACGAAUGCGUUGAUAUUACAGUCGUUCCUGAUGGAACUUGCGGGGCUAAUACAGGUGCGGGCGGGGUUGUUCAACGAGGUGCGGUUCGUGUAG